UCCAAUCUCUCUCACAAACAUAAUACAUCCCAAAAAACACACAGAUCCCAAAAUCAAACAGAGAAAAAUGGCACAAGAGAACAAGUUCGUUUACACCCCUAGCGAAGCAGCAGAAGUGGGCAUCCACGGCCCCCGUGACCUUCCAAAGCUGAUGAAGAAGGCCUUGUCUCUCGCUCGGGUUCCAAUCUCCAUAUUCGGAGUCGGAGUCGUUGGAGUCACAUCAAAGUGUAAGGUCUUCUUAGGCGUCAAUGUCGAAUUCAAAGGCGUUCCUCUUCACCACUCCAUCCACGGAGAGCAAUUCCUCGUCACCAACCUCGCUCUCAACUCCGUGGAAGAAGAGCUCACUCAUAUAGCCGUCUCCAAUGACGGUACCAAAUUUGGUGCGCCAUGUGGCCACUGCCGCCAGUUCUAUCAGGAAUUGGGCACCCCUCCUAAAGUCGAAAUCCUGAUCAAAAAAUCAGACGAGGACAUAGGCGAGUACAAGAGCAUCGAGAGCCUCAUGCCGGAGAGUUUCGGCCCUGAAUAUCUCCUCCCGAAAGACUACCCUCUCCUUCUAGCGCAGCGCGAUAACCAACUUGUCCUCUUGGACACCUCCGAAAAGAUCUGCUCUGAUCUAGAGAAGUGUCCCCAUCUUAAGUGCAGGGCUCUAGCGGCGGCGAACAAAUCGUACGCGCCGUACAGCAAAUCUCCGUCUGGAGUGGCGUUGAAGUGCGAUGACAAAGUGUACAGAGGAUGGUACCUUGAAUCGGCUGCGUAUAACCCAAGUUUAGGGCCAGUACAAGCUGCGCUGGUUGAUUUCGUGGCUCGUAGCGGAGGCAAAGAAUUCGAGGAUAUCACUGAAGCGGUCCUGGUGGAGAAGGGUGAUGCGACGGUGUUUCAAGAGGACACGGCGAGGAUUUUCUUGAAGAAGAUAGCCCCCAACUGCGAUUUCAAGGUCCUCCAUUGCAAGAAGCCCUAAGAAUAUUGAAGCAUAAUUAUUAAUUAUGGCACGAUGCAUGGUGAUAGCUAUAUUAAAAAAAUGAUAUUAUUAAGGAAAAUAAUACGCCGGUAGAGGAUUACACUGGUCUUCUUUAUGAUCGUGUCGCAAUUAUUUAUGAAUGUCGUCAGUAUAAUAUAUAAUCAUAAUUAUGUUCAUCAUGGUUGUUACCUUUCGAUAAUGUCAAUAUAAUAUAAUAUAAUAUAAUUAUACUUA